CACCAACCCCUAAACCCUCCCUUCCUUCUCUUCUCCCUCUUCCUCCUCUCCGUGGACGAGCAAGAUCCGGUAGAGUUUUCAAUCGGAGCGCGGUGCUCCUCCGCCGCAAACAUCCAGCGACGGCGCAGGCGUGCUGCUCCGCCAAGGGCUACAUCUAUCGGGGUUAGGGUUUUCUCCCGGUCCGUACAAGAAAAUGGCUCAGUCCCUGACAAAAAACGAAGAAAUGGCUCAGAAAUUGAAGAAAUAUAGGUUGGGCUACCAAAAGUGCACUCCGCCUUGGGAGUGUUUCGUCAGAGAUUCCAGUAUCAUGCACAAUGAUUUUGAUGGCACGCUCAUGAAGCUCUUUGAGGGGACAUACCAAAUGGGGCCAGUCACAUCUAAGUGCCUCAUCCAGAAGUUUAAAGAUGGAGAUCAGCUCAAUCAGUACAGACUUCUCAAGGACUUGAGGCAUCCGAGCAUUGUCUCCGUGGAGAAUUGUUAUGAAGAGAAAGGAUGUCCUAGGUUUGUUCUUUCCUGGGUUGAUGGAAGCUUAACUGCGUGGUUGAAAAAGGAUGGGUCUGGAAAGAUGUUCAAGUCCACAAUGAAAGGGAGUGCUCCCACUGGAGCAAUGAGGCAAAUGAUAUUUGAUCUGUGUCGUGGACUGCAACACUUACUUGAUGAAAAGCUGUACCCAAUCAAUAUUGGUAGACAAGAUAUCUGUGUGUGCCGAUUGGGCCACAAGGCAGUUGCGAAACUUCUUGUCAAUAAAGUGGAAAAACUGAGGGAUCUUGGUAGGAUAGAAGCCCGUACGGAACAAUUAUGGGAUGAGAUGAGAAUGACUCUAUAUGAUAUCUGCAAGCAGGCUGCAGUAAGUCUUGACCCCCUUGCAGAAAUGUUUUUGAUGUCUAUUGGGGUGCAGAAUGUAACCAGGCUGCAGAGUUAUCCUGACCAGUGGGACUUCGAAAAAAAAGCAAGAUUUCUCUUAUCACUAAUGUCAGAGGAUAUUACUGUGAUAUUACCUCUGGUACAGGCUGCACCCAUAGAGUGGCCAAAAACUCCGAAAGGCCGAGUGCGCUCGCCGUUUUAUGAGAUGCUAGAGCAUGAGGCAAAGACACCAGGUGGAAGGACCUAUGAUCUGAAUGAACCAUUCGAUUACUUGAGACUAUGCAAGAACAUGAUAAAACACUGGACAGUUCUUCCUCAAUCUGUGAAGGCUGAGUGCAGCACGGUGGAGGAGCUAAUAAACAAAAUGGAGAGGUGUAACCGUCUCAUCUGGUGCAUCUUAUAUGAUGCAACGGCAUCAAUCACUGAGAAAUGAGGUUGAUGGCUACUAACCUGAUGAAGCUUCUUCAGACACAAGACUUGUCAAGUUGGUUAACUGUCUUUGGUGUUCUGAUGAGAGGGUGUAUUUGCUGAGUGAAAGUUGUGAUGACAAUGCCCAUUUGUGUUAUUGCUUGGUAUUUAGUUUGCUGUAACGUAUGUUGUUCAAUACCUAUGGCCGAGAUGUUGAGAUAUGUACUGUUGUGUUGGCUGACUGCAUAAAGAUUAAACAGUUGUAACAUGUUCUGUGUUGAGGUUUAUAUGCAUGCCAAAUGAAAAAACAAGACUGAUUAUUGAGUUU